CGAGCACUUUCACCGGAAAGGAGGACCCGCUUUUAUUGUUGCCUGAGAGCUGCUGUAAUGGCGGUGUCUCGUCGCUCGUCGCAGCAGCAACAACAGCAAACCAGCUUACAGUCGCCGCCACGAAACGGCUCCAUUUCGGGCGCGCCUCCGGCCUCACCGCCGAUGGCGCUGCUGACCUCGGCCGCCGGGCCGCCGGAGGGGGACAGGGAAUGCAGCGGCGGCGUCGACACGGCCCUGGCCUCCCCGGACCCGCCAGCCCCGGUGUUGGCGAGCAGCGCGAGCUCCACCACGACAACCUCCGGCGGCGGCGGCAACAGCAGCGGCGUCUCGAGCCCCGGCUCCGCGGCCAGCAGUCCCACCGACGGCAGCAGCGGCAUCGGCGGGGCGUUCAGGGAGCUGUUCGAGGCCUGUCGCAACGGGGACGUCUCCAGAGUCAAGCGACUUGUCGACUCGGUGAACGUGAACGCGAAGGACAUGGCCGGUCGCAAAUCGACCCCCCUGCACUUCGCUGCGGGUUUUGGCAGGAAAGAUGUGGUGGAGCACCUCUUGCAGACGGGAGCCAACGUUCACGCCCGGGACGACGGGGGACUCAUCCCGCUGCACAACGCCUGCUCCUUCGGUCAUGCUGAGGUCGUGAGCCUCCUGCUGUGCCAGGGCGCGGACCCCAACGCCAGAGAUAACUGGAACUACACUCCGCUGCACGAGGCAGCCAUCAAGGGCAAGAUCGACGUGUGCAUCGUGUUGCUGCAACACGGAGCUGAUCCAAACAUCCGCAACACUGACGGCAAAUCUGCCCUGGACCUGGCUGACCCUUCAGCCAAGGCUGUUCUAACUGGUGAAUACAAGAAGGACGAAUUACUGGAAGCAGCAAGGAGUGGAAAUGAAGAAAAGCUCAUGGCGCUUCUGACUCCAUUAAAUGUCAAUUGCCACGCCAGCGAUGGACGCAAGUCAACAUCCCAGAAAAUGCUGUCCACCCCCCUCCACCUGGCAGCAGGUUACAACCGCGUCCGUAUUGUUCAGCUGCUUCUCCAGCACGGUGCUGAUGUUCACGCUAAAGACAAAGGUGGUCUGGUUCCUCUUCACAAUGCCUGCUCCUAUGGUCACUUUGAGGUCACUGAGCUUCUGCUUAAACAUGGCGCCUGUGUCAACGCCAUGGACCUGUGGCAAUUCACUCCUCUCCAUGAGGCGGCGUCGAAAAACAGGGUGGAGGUUUGUUCCCUGCUGCUGAGUCACGGUGCCGACCCAACUUUGCUGAACUGUCACAGCAAGAGUGCUGUGGACAUGGCCCCCACCCCAGAGCUUAAAGAACGACUCACCUAUGAGUUCAAAGGCCACUCGCUACUGCAGGCAGCUCGUGAGGCGGACAUGGCCAAAGUGAAGAAGACACUGGCCCUUGAGAUCAUCAGCUUCAAACAUCCUCAGACCAAUGAGACAGCUCUGCACUGUGCUGUUGCUUCCCCUCACCCCAAGAGGAAACAGGUGACUGAGCUGUUGCUGCGUAAAGGAGCCAACAUCAAUGACAAGAACAAAGACUUUAUGACCCCAUUGCAUGUUGCAGCCGAGAGAGCUCACAAUGAUGUCCUUGAGGUGCUGCAGAAGCAUGGAGCAAAGGUAAAUGCUGCAGACACACUAGGUCAGACAGCUCUCCACAGGGCUGCACUGGCCGGUCAUAUCCAGACCUGCAAGCUGCUGCUGAGCUUUGGUGCCGACCCCUCCAUCGUGUCUCUACAAGGUUUCACUGCUGCUCAGAUGGGCAACGAAGCUGUACAACAGAUUCUCAACGAAAAUAUUCCCACACGUAAUUCUGAUGUGGACUACAGAUUUCUGGAAGCAGCCAAGGCGGGCGAUCUGGACACUGUGCAACAACUCUGCACCCCCCAGAAUGUAAACUGCCGGGACUUGGAGGGCCGCCACUCCACUCCGCUCCACUUUGCAGCAGGUUACAACAGAGUGGCUGUUGUCGAAUACCUGCUACAUCAUGGAGCUGAUGUCCAUGCCAAAGACAAAGGUGGUCUGGUUCCCCUCCACAAUGCAUGCUCCUAUGGUCAUUAUGAAGUGGCUGAGCUGCUGGUUAGACACGGCGCUUCGGUCAAUGUGGCCGACCUGUGGAAGUUCACCCCACUUCAUGAGGCUGCGGCCAAGGGCAAAUAUGAAAUUUGCAAGCUGCUACUCAAACAUGGAGCUGACCCAUCCAAGAAGAACCGUGACGGCAACAUGCCGCUGGAUAUGGUAAAGGAUGGAGACACUGACAUCCAGGACUUGCUGAGGGGUGAUGCUGCUCUCUUGGAUGCUGCCAAGAAGGGCUGCCUGGCGCGAGUCCAGAAACUCUGCUCCCCAGAAAACAUCAACUGCAGAGACACACAGGGACGCAACUCAACACCACUCCACCUCGCAGCUGGUUACAACAACCUUGAGGUAGCGGAGUAUUUGCUGGAGCAUGGUGCUGAUGUCAAUGCCCAGGACAAAGGAGGCCUUAUCCCUCUUCAUAAUGCUGCUUCUUAUGGGCAUGUGGACAUUGCCGCCCUGCUGAUCAAGUACAAUACCUGUGUGAAUGCCACAGAUAAGUGGGCUUUCACACCGCUCCAUGAGGCGGCUCAGAAGGGCCGUACUCAGCUCUGCGCACUGCUGCUGGCUCACGGUGCUGAUCCCACCAUGAAGAACCAAGAAGGGCAGACUGCUUUAGACUUAGCCACGGCUGACGAUAUCAGAGCCCUGCUAAUGGACGCCAUGCCACCAGAUGCACUGCCCAGCUGCUUCAAACCCCAGGCCACAGUUGUCAGCGCCUCAGUCAUUUCCCCUGCCUCUACACCAUCAUGUCUCUCGGCUGCCAGCAGCAUAGACAAUCUGGCCGGGCCGCUCACUGAGCUGGCUGCGGCUGCCGGAGCCUCUGGAGUUGCAGAUGGAGCCACAGGCUCCGAGCGGAAGGAAGGAGAAAUGGCAAUGUUGGACAUGAACAUAAGCCAGUUCCUCAAGAGCCUGGGCCUUGAGCACCUAAGGGAAAUAUUUGAGAGGGAACAGAUUACCCUGGACGUGCUAGCUGAUAUGGGGCACGAGGAGCUGAAGGAAAUUGGCAUUAACGCAUAUGGCCACAGACAUAAGCUUAUCAAAGGUGUUGAGAGACUGCUGGGGGGGCAGCAAGGUGCCAACCCUUACCUGACAUUCCACUGUGCAAACCAGGGCACCAUCUUGAUAGAUCUUGCACCAGAUGACAAAGAGUACCAGUCUGUGGAAGAGGAGAUGCAGAGCACCAUCAGAGAACACAGAGAUGGGGGCAAUGCUGGUGGAGUGUUCAGCAGAUACAACAUAAUCAAGAUUCAGAAAGUAGUAAACAAGAAGCUGAGGGAACGUUACACCCAUCGACAGAAGGAGAUCGCAGAUGAGAACCACAACCAUCACAACGAGCGGAUGUUGUUUCACGGUUCUCCUUUCAUCAACGCCAUCAUCCACAAAGGGUUUGAUGAGCGGCAUGCUUACAUAGGUGGGAUGUUUGGAGCAGGAAUCUACUUUGCAGAGAACUCUUCAAAGAGCAAUCAGUACGUCUACGGCAUCGGUGGAGGCACAGGCUGCCCGACGCACAAAGAUCGAUCCUGUUACUUGUGCCACAGGUCAAUGCUGUUCUGCCGAGUGACACUCGGUAAGUCCUUCCUUCAGUUCAGUGCCAUGAAGAUGGCCCACGCCCCACCAGGACACCAUUCUGUGAUUGGACGGCCCAGUGUUAACGGGCUGGCCUACGCCGAGUAUGUCAUCUACAGAGGAGAGCAGGCCUACCCAGAGUACCUCAUUACCUACCAGAUCCUUAAACCGGAGAGUGCAGCGCAGUCUGCUGCAGGAGCAGAGCAGAAGUCGUAGUUACAUGUUACACAGAAACACAAGGACUCUAUGCUAGUUUUCUUUCGUCCUUUGUAUUGCAAAUGCCUGAAAAUGUUUUAUUUACAAAACACAUUUCCCGUCUCCUGUCCAGUAGAACCCAUGGUGACCUGUGCUUCAUGAGCAAGUAUGCUGUAUAAUACUCUCGUACACGUUGUGAAUACACUUUUUGUUUCUUGCAUCGGCUGCAUGUUAAUGAAGCAUGUAACGCCCAGUAGUGUGCGUGGGUUAGUUAUUUCUCGCCCUCCUCACCAAUCAGGGGGAUGCUUGUAGAGAUUUGAAGUAUCAGCAUUAACAGUUUUGCCACUCUUUGUUGACUUAUGCCUUGUAACAGUGGAGUAUCGCUGACCCCUCAGCUCUACACAUAAUUACACACGAACACAGCCUUGCUGUCAAAGCCUGAAAUCUGUGGACUACUACUGCCCUACUGUAUUUGGACUCAUCCUGUACAGACUAGCCUCUGGUAACUGUGAUUUUAAUAGUAACCUAAAACGCUACCAAACAGGUGACAAUGUAUUUUUUGCUGUGUUGCAUUUCUGGGAUUGUGAACCAUAACCCACAAAACACUACAACCCCUGAACUUGAAUGGUUGUAAUGACGCUGAGCUGUAUGUGAGAGUAUGAGCUCAGUAGACAAAAUGCAGUUUAAGGCAUCAUAAUUACUGGAGUUGUUGAUGCUAUAUAUUAAAAGCAUUAAUUAUGACUGUGCUUCAAACAGUAAAGCUGGGUGGUCUGAAAAUGUGCUAGUGAUGCCAUACAAGUUGACGCCCAGCGGCCAGUGAACUCAAAGCACCGUUACUGUCACCAUGGACUUACACAGACAUCUUGCGCAAAAGGAUUUGCACUUUUACAUAGAAAGCUAUUUAAGUUAUUUUGAAUUUUAAAUGCAUAUUUGCAGCAGACGAUAUUUGUACAGGUUGUGUAAAUGGUUGUGAAUAACUGUUGCUGUUUAACAUUGUUUGACGUCAAAUGUAAAUGACUUCUGAAUUUGUUUUGUGCCCUCUUUAUUCCCCUUCUUUUUAAAUAAAUGUCCUGUUAACAGCU